UUCCCAUUCUCAUGGAUGGGGAGGCAGAGCAGAAACAGAAGGACCCUGGGUCCAAUCCCAGCACUGAAAACACAGAGCUGAAGAACGAUGAGCAACUCCUGCAGACACCAGCUGAAGAGCCCUCAGAAGAGGGCAAAUCCGCUAAUGCAGAUGACAGCAAGAAUAAAGCUGACACAGCUACAGAUGAGGCUGAGGAGGGGGGAGCAGAGGAGCAGAGUGGGCAGGAGUCUGAAAAAUCCUCACCAGAUACUGCAGGCGAACAGGCAACAGAGGGCAUCUCAGCUGAGACAGAGGGAGGGAACUCAGCCACUUCUGAGUCACCCACAGGAGCCAACCUACCCACGAGCGAGACAUUCGAAGAGGGAGAGGGCCCGGAGAUGAAGCCUCUAAUAGGGGAGCCUCUCUCCCGCGAGGGGAGCCUCACGCUCGAAGAUGACGAUGACAACAACGGUGAUGAAGACGGACCGCCCAAACUAGACCCAGGGACUCCGGAGAGGGAGAGUUCUGUGCAGGUUGAGGAAGAGGGUCCCUCUCUAACCGAAGAGACGGGCCCCAGCAUCGACUACAAAGAGUACAUGAACUUCCUCAAUGAGCUGCAGGCGGAGAAGGACAAACUGAGCCAGGUCAACGGUCAGCUCCAGAUCAAGCUGGUGGAGUACUUCCGCAAGAAGACAGGUGAUGACGCACGUCCUGAGAAGGAGAAAGCCGUGUCGGACCAGGAGCAGCGCUACCAGAAAUACAUGGCCAUCAUGGAGGAGCUGAAGUGGCAGCACCGGCUCGACUCGGAGGCAGCCCAGCAGCAGACAGAGGAGCUGAGGCAGCAGAGCCAUGAGAAGCUGGGCCAGGUGGAGGCUGAGUGGAGCGCCUUCAUGGCACUAAAGCGCGACGCGGCUGUGGCGGCCCUGAGCCGGCGCCUGGGGAAACAGGCGGCGGCGGUCGAGGUGGAGCAGAUCCAGGCGGCCGAGCAGCGGCGGCAGAAAGAGCUGGUCACCGUACGCCUGGAGAACGUCAAGCUGAAGAACAAGACGCGCAGGUUUGAGGCCACGCUGCGUGCCAAGGAGAUGCUCGCCGAGGGCCUGCACCUCAUCGACUUCGAGCAGCUGAAGAUAGAGAACCAGACGUACAAUGAGAAGAUUGAGGAGCGCAAUGAGGAACUCCUUAAACUGCGCAAGAAGAUCACCAGCACAGUCCAGGUACUAACCCAUGUGAAGGAGAAGCUCCAGUUUGUGCAGAUGGAGAACCAGGCCAAGCGGGCCCAGCUGGCUGAGGUGGAGGUGGUGGUGGCCAGGAAGAGGGACGUGCUGACCCGUACCAAGCAGGCAAGGGACGGUCUCCGCAUGGACAACCUGAAGCUGCGCCAGCGCUGCGGCCUGCUGGGCAACGAGACCCUGUUAAGGGACUUUGAGGAGAAGGUGGACGCCUCAGACGGCCUGGAGGAGAGGCUGGAGGGGCUGAAGAGCAGGCACGCAGAGCUCAUACUGAAGUGUGCCGGGAUCAAGAAGAAGCUGGAGCACUCCAAACCCACAGCGCAGUGAGGAGAUAAGAGGAUACGCAGGAAGACACACAAACAGGAUGAACAAUUGAUCACACAUUUGUUGUCAUAAGGGCACACUCAUCAUGCAGAAUUGCUUGCAUGAUCAUGAAUGCGUAGAUAAUGUAGGAAUUAUAUGUUUUUACAUUCAUAAUAAAUAUUCUGUUUAUUUCA